GCAAAGCGCGCACAGCAACAUCAGUAACGAACGUGCAAUGGUGCAUUGACCGUGCUGAGGUGCUUUGAUCGACAAGCCAGGAAGCACGGAAGAGCAAGCAAGUGAGGGGAAACGAUGGUGAUGAUGUCGCUGAAGCCCGUCGUGGGCUUGGUGGGUGCUGGCGUGCUUGCCAGCGAGCUCAUCCACCAAUACAGGUGCCGCAGCGCCCUGCGCUCUGCUCAAGGGCGGUUUCUUCCGGCCAAGCCUGGCGAACGCGUGGUGGUCCUGGGUGCCGGCAUAGCAGGCCUGACCGCCGCGCGAGAGCUGAGCGAAGCAGGCAUGGACGUCAUUGUCGUGGAGCGGCGCCACGGUGUGGCGAUGGAGACCUCUGCUGCAAACGCAGGCACCCUCAACUUCACAGCCCGCACGAUGGUGGCAUCUCCAGAGAACGUCAAGUACGCGCUGCAGAAGAUGUGGCACAGCUUUCUUGGUGAAAAGCCCGAGCUGCAAGAAGAGGCUGUGGAGCACGUCGCAACGCCGCCACAGCAUCAGCACACACAGCAAGGGAGCCGCAUCGAUGCAGCCCCUGGUCACGCAGCAACAACAGCAGCGACUCAAACAACAGAAGCAGAUGCGAAUCACCAGCAACAGAAACACCCGCACAAGCAGCCGCAAAACCAGAAACAGAAGCAGCCGCAGGAACAGCAACAGGAACAACAGCAUCACCACCACCGUCUUCACCACCACCACCACCACCACCAUGGGGAUGAAGGCAUUGUGACAGAGCUGAUUGAAGACUUUCGGUACUUCUUCUUUGAGCGGCGGCUCCUGUUUACGCUGUCGUUCUGGAAGUGGGCUGCAAACUUUGUCUCGCUGGCGCUGACACACACAGAGCAGCGCAAAGCGUUUGUGGACGACCUUGUUGCCGAGAGCCUGGCUGCGCUACAGGACACGCGCCGCACCACCCGCAUGCCCUUCGAGUAUCGACGGGCGGGCUCACUGUACAUCCACUCGGAUGCAGACCUGUUCCACCAGCGGGCACGGGAGGGGCUGCUGGCUGGGCGCGGGGAGGUGGCCGUGACGGCGGCCAAGGCGCAGACGAUGGAGCCCAGCCUGAGCAAUCUCACGUUUGUGGGCGCCAUGCACCGCCGCAACGAUGCCGUGGGCGACUGCCAGCUGUUCUGCCGGCACAUGAGCGAGUGGCUGACGGCGCGCGGCGUGGCCAUCCGGUUUGGGCUGACGGCAACAGAUGUGAUGCUUGACGGCGACGGGCGUGCGUGCGCAGUGCAGCUGUACAACACGCAGCACGGGUCGAGCGAGCAGCUGCAGUGCGACCACGUCGUCGUCUGCUGCGCGUGCGACAGCGCGACGCCGCUCGCCACCACGGGCCUGUCGUGGCUGCCCAUCAUGCCUGUGCGCGGGUACACGCUGACGGGACGGGCAAACCAGGACCCGCGCAAGUGCCCCACCAACUACCUGCUGUUUGAGGAGCCGAUUGAGAUGGCGGUGACGCGGCUCGGCGACCGGAUUCGCUUCUCGUCGUACGCGGAGAUCACGACGGCGCUGGAGCCCAAGGAGGAGCGACUGAAGGAUCUCCGGCGCAUCGUGGACCGCCUGUUUCCAAACGCGUUUGACGAGGACGACCCCGAUGCGCAGGAGUGGGUUGGCAGGCGCCCCAUGACGUCAGAUGCGCUGCCCAUCGUCUCCCAAACGCACAUUCCAAACGUGUUUCUGCACACGGGCCACGGCGCAGACGGCUGGCGGUGGUCGCACGCGACGGCGCGGGUGCUGCGGGCGAUUAUGCUUGACGAGCGCUCGCCACUUGACCCGCGCUUCCUCGCUCUCGACCGGUUCUGGUUCCUCUGAUGCACUGCCCGUGUUGUGUGUGUAUGUGGCUGUGUGUGUGUGUGUGUGUGUGUGUGUGUGUGUGUGUGUGUGCAUUCGGACAUAUGUGUGUGUGCAUGCGCGCUUGUCACAGUUCUCCUGGAUGUUAUUUGAAUUCCUUCUUCCAGAGCUCUGCUGCUCUCCGAACAGUUUCCCUAGUGCACAGUUCCACAUACAGCCCUUCUCAUUCAUAUGCGUGCGUGAAUUGCAGAGACACAUGUAAUGAC